CAACAUAUGCCCUAGCCAGCUCAAUCCCUUGAUAUUCAAAUUGAAUAUUAUCAAACCACUGUGGGCAGUUUUGGAGAGAAAAGUAAGAAGCAGAUGCUCUCCUCCAACAUCUAAGAAGUAACUGGCAGAUGUUCUGUGGACAACAUUCCACUGUGUUCACUUUAUUUUGUCCAUCCCCUUAAAAUACAGAAUGCAUGUUUGGAGUUUUAAAGGCUGUGGCAUCAAGCAAUUUUCUUAAUUAAACAGAUAUUUGAAAUACUGUACAUUUAGCUCUAGGAUUCCAGCAGCUGAUGAAGGAUCUUUAUGUUGUUUUCAGAUGUUUGCAACGGUUGUUGUGCUGCAAGGAGCAAAAUCAUUACAUGUUGUAGAUUUCCCAGAUUUUGAUAAGCAUGUACCUCAUAAGGUAUGGCCACUCCCUUUAAUAUAUGUGGGAAAUCAGUUAACAGGUCUGUUUGGAACAAAACAACUAAAUCUGCCAAUGUUUACUGUGCUCAGAAGAUUCUCCAUUUUAUUCACAAUGCUGUUUGAGGGUUACCUCCUAAAAAAGGAGUUUUCAUGGACCAUAAAGGCAACCAUAUUCACCAUGAUCCUGGGAGCUUUUAUUGCUGCAAGUACAGAUUUAGCUUUUGACCCCUACGGAUAUGUGGUCAUUACACUUAACAACAUUCUGACUGCUGCUAAUGGGGCUUAUAUGAAACAAAAACUGGACUCCAAGGAACUGGGAAAAUAUGGGCUGCUCUAUUAUAAUGCUUUAUUCAUGAUUAUUCCAACUAUGAUUUUAGCGUACUUAACUGGAGACAUUAAGAAAGCUUUGGAGUAUGAUGAUUGGGCUGACAUUUUCUUUGUGAUUCAGUUUGUGUUAUCAUGUGUCAUGGGGUUUAUACUCAUGUACUCCAUUAUGUUAUGCACCCAUUAUAACUCUGCUUUGACGACUACCAUUGUCGGUUGUAUCAAGAAUAUCUUAGUGACAUACAUCGGGAUGGUGUUUGGUGGAGAUUACAUCUUUACUUGGGUGAAUUUUAUUGGCCUAAACAUCAGCAUUGCUGGCAGUCUUGUGUACUCGUAUAUCACUUUCACUAAGGAACAAAAAAAAAAAUGUUGAUGGAACAAGUUUAAAGUAAGUCGAUAAUACCUAUGGGAGUCAAGAACACAGUCAGCAGGGUGUGCACACAGUCUCAUUUCACAACACCUUGAGUGCAGCAGAGACCAGCAAUUUUCUCAGCAACCUUGGUUUUGUUGAGAUGUGAUAUGACAAGAUAUGAUUUAAUUUCAUGUUGGAUAGAUGAUAAAUAUAUAUUAUCCUUUUGUCUUUUAAAAUUGUAAAGUCCUCAGCCUUAGAAGUUUAAAUUGGACUGUUCAAUUUCUUUUUUUUUUUUUUUUUUUUUUUUUUGGAGGUAUGAAUCAAAAUAAUUGUUUAUUUAUAUUUAUUAUUAUUAUUAUUAUUGUGGUAAUUAACAUGAUACAAAUUAUAAUAGAACAUGUGAUGCUGUUGAACCUGGAAUAAACAAGUGUAUGAACAACCUAAAUAAAUUUAAAUUGUUAUAUGCAAAAAAAAAAAAUAUAUAUAUAUAUAUAUAUAUAUAAACGUUUGUAUAAAUUGAUUUUCACUCAUAAAUUUCACUAUUUCAUCAUUUUUAAUGAUUCUGUGUGAAGGAUCAAAUGCAAACUGUGUGUUUUGCUUCUGGAGAGCAAUCAUUCAUUUGUGUUGUGUACUUUCAAUUAUUUUUCAUUCAUUCGUUCAUAUAAUCAUUUAUGAUUUAAUCAUUUUAUUAUUACAUUUAAUCAUAUAAUAAUCAGAAUUUCUUAUUAAUUAAUCAUUUUUAUUAUUGUUUUUUUUUUUUUUUUUUUACAUUAUUUUUUCCAUUCUUGUCUAGUCCUGUGACUGUGUGUUUCAAGGUAUGUUUGUCUCCAUGAAUAAGAGAUAAGAGGGAAUGCUUAUUGAAAUUCAAGGUUUAUGGGAUGUUGUGAAGCAUUUUGGUAUAACACUGGUUGUUGGAUUUGUGUUGGUCAGACAAAGUCUGAGCAUUGAAACAUACACAAGCAUAAACAUAUUAAGAUUAUUCAAUAAACUCUGCUCCUUUUUAUUAUCACCA